CGCGAACUUUUCUAUCAACCACGGUGUGAUGGUGAGUGUGGCUCGUCGUUUCGUCGAAGAAAUACAAAGAUGGUCAGAUGACUUCAGCAUGUAAGAUGAAUCUCAGAGGUUGUGGCACCUUAUGUUACGCAUGUAUGGUUUAGUUGUCACAUUGAGCACGGUUCAAGCGUAACUGUUUUGAGAACUGAUACUGUAACAGCACAUGUGAUCAAGCCAAUUAAUGCUAACUACGACCCGCAGUUUGUUGGGCAUGAAUGCAUGUGGCCACAUCGUAUCUGCGAGACUGUCAUCGCCAAUACCGGUAAAAGGCAUCUUACUUGUGAGUCAAAAACAUGAUAAUCAGCAGGACUAACUUCAGAUUUAUCUUGCUUGAACCCCCAGGUCAAUGCUUCCAAAACGUAUCAUCAAGAUAGUUUCCAGUGUUGAGACCUCGCAACGAACAAACAUCAUGGACCGAGCAACACACAUAAUCGACCCGGACGGGGAAGUUAUAAUAGUUCUACAAAAUCCCAAUGCCCCUUUUGCAAUACUAGGUGAAGCUAUAACCAGCGACAAUCUUGCAUAUACCUUUCCCGGACCGAGCAAUGGAAUUCAGGACUCCGCGGAAAGGUUAGAAGCCUUGAGAAAUGAACCGCCUGAAACUCUCAGAAAGAGGAAGAAACAUAAGAAGAAGAAAGGGUCUACUUCUGGAUGGCGUGCUGUUCACAAUACAUCAGAAUCUAUACACCCAUCAAGCGAAGAGUCUGCUCCUGGGUGGCUCGCGGCCGAAAUACCCGUCGCAGAGCCCAGUGAACAAUCCGCUGAACAACCCGCUGAUGAACUGGCUGAACAAUUCAUUGAACAACCCGCUGAUGAACUCGCUGAACAACCCGCUGAACAAUCCGCUGAUGAACCCGUUGAAGAACCUGUUGACGAACCCGUUGACGAACCUGCCGAAGGACCUGCCGAGAUUGCGGUCACUGAACAGUUGGAGGAAGAGUGCUUCCGCAUCCAAGUCUCCGCGAAACAUUUGAUCCUCGCCUCCUCAGUCUUUAGAAGAUUACUCACUGGUGGGUGGAAAGAAAGCAUAAACUAUCUACAAAAAGGCUCAGUGGAAAUCACUGCAGAUAGUUGGGAUGUCGACGCGCUCUUAAUUAUGCUUCGCAUUAUACAUUGUCAGUCCCGUCAAAUACCGCGUAAAUUGACCCUUGAGAUGCUCGCGAAAGUUGCUGUUUUGACCGACUACUACAACUGCAGGGAGGCUGUGGUCUUUUUCGCAGAUACAUGGAUUGACGCUCUGGAUGAUUUUAUUCCCGCAACAUACUCUAGGAAUUCGAUUCUCUGGCUAUGGGUUGCCUGGUAUUUCAACCUCCCCGCCAAGUUUAAAGAAGCCAGCUCAAGUGCUAUGUCUUCAAGUAACGGCUGGAUUGAUAAUAUCGGGCUUCCAAUUCCCGACAAAAUCAUUAGAUCGAUGAAUGAUAAAAGACAGGAAGCAAUUGCCGGCCUUAUCCUUCGACUUGAAGAAACGCGCGAUGAACUCCAAAACGGCAGUAAAGGGUGUGGCUUCGAAUGCAGCUCAAUCAUGUACGGGGCGCUGACAAGAGAAAUGCAUUUGAAUGAUCUGUUCUGGCUAAGGCCUGUAGCUCCUUUCCCGGAUUUGAGCUACAGAUCCCUUGUGCAGAAAGUGUUAUCGUUCAGAUCGCCGGUAUGGUACGGUCCCACAUCGUAUCGAUCUAAUUACCGCCACAAUUGUGUUUCUUCCACAUUCGAACUGCUUUUUGGCGUGUUGGAAGAUACAAUUGAAGGCCAGGACCUGAAUGAUUCUGUCAAUAUGUAGUAAAGGAACUGCCGAACUUUAUCUUGUCGUUGAUAGUUUGUCGCCUACCGAAACAAGAGCAUUCCUGUCCAGCCAGUCGCUGGUUGAUGUAGUAGAGAUAUUUGCAGAUGCGAUGAUGGAGACGAAAGCG